GUGUUGUGAGUGCUUAAGAUGCUGUGGGAGGAGAGACCCAAGGCCUCGUACUGUUUGGCUUGGCCAUCCAGAGAAGAGAGACCAGAGAUACCCUCGCAAUGUCAUCAACAAUCAGAAAUACAACUUUUUUACAUUUCUCCCUGGGGUGUUGUUUAACCAGUUCAAAUACUUCUUCAACCUUUAUUUCUUGCUUUUGGCCUGCUCUCAAUUUGUUGUCGAAAUGAGGCUUGGUGCACUUUACACAUACUGGGUUCCUCUGGGAUUUGUGCUUGCUGUUACCGUCAUCCGAGAGGCCACGGAGGAGAUCAGAUGUUACAUGCGCGACAAGGAAGUGAACUCGCAGAUCUACAGCAAGCUCACAGCGAGAGGGACUGUGAAGGUGAAGAGCUCUAAUAUACAAGUGGGUGACCUCAUCAUUGUUGAAAAGAACCAGCGGGUCCCUGCUGACAUGAUCUUCCUGAGGACGUCGGAGAAGAAUGGGUCUUGCUUCCUUCGCACCGACCAGCUGGAUGGUGAGACAGACUGGAAAUUGCGGCUGCCUGUUACCUGCACUCAGAGACUGCCAACUGCUUCUGACCUACUGCAAAUCCGAUCCUAUGUAUAUGCAGAAGAACCCAAUAUUGAUAUACAUAAUUUCGUGGGGACCUUCACAAGGGAGGACAGUGACCCUCCAGUAAAUGAAAGUUUAAGCAUAGAAAACACCCUAUGGGCCAGCACAGUGAUUGCAUCGGGUACUGUUGUGGGAGUUGUCCUCUACACUGGAAGGGAACUGCGCAGUGUGAUGAAUACUUCAAACCCAAGAAGUAAGAUUGGUCUUUUUGAUUUGGAAGUGAACUGUCUUACCAAGAUCCUGUUUGGGGCUCUUGUGGUGGUCUCACUUGUCAUGGUGGCCCUUCAGCACUUUGCUGGCCGUUGGUAUCUUCAGAUCAUAAGAUUUCUUCUUCUGUUCUCAAACAUCAUUCCCAUUAGUUUACGUGUGAAUCUGGACAUGGGGAAAAUUGUCUACAGCUGGGUGAUCCGCAGAGAUUCUAAAAUCCCUGGGACUGUGGUUCGGUCCAGCACUAUUCCUGAGCAGCUGGGGAGGAUAUCCUAUUUGCUUACAGACAAAACAGGAACUCUUACGCAGAACGAGAUGGUCUUCAAGCGACUUCACCUGGGAACGGUAGCUUACGGCCUGGACUCCAUGGAUGAAGUGCAGAGCCACAUAUUCAGUAUAUACACGCAGCAAUCUCAGGACCCACCUGCUGUGAAGGGCCUUACCUUAGCUACCAAGGUGCGUAAAACCAUGAGCAGCCGAGUGCACGAGGCGGUGAAGGCAAUCGCGCUGUGCCACAACGUGACACCAGUGUACGAGUCCAACGGGGUGACGGACCAGGCUGAAGCCGAGAGACACUAUGAAGACUCCUGCAGGGUGUACCAGGCCUCCAGUCCUGAUGAGGUGGCCCUGGUACAGUGGACCGAGAGCGUGGGUUUAACGCUGGUGGGCAGAGACCAGUCCUCCGUGCAGCUGAGGACACCGGGUGGCCACAUCCUGAACUUCACCAUCCUCCAGAUCUUCCCCUUCACUUACGAGAGCAAGCGCAUGGGGAUAAUUGUUCGGGAUGAAUCAACAGGAGAGAUCACCUUCUACAUGAAGGGGGCUGAUGUGGUGAUGGCUGGGAUCGUGCAGUACAACGACUGGCUGGAAGAGGAGUGUGGUAACAUGGCUCGGGAAGGCCUGAGGGUUCUUGUCGUAGCCAAGAAGUCUCUGACAGAAGAGCAGUAUCAAGACUUUGAAGCACGCUACGUCCAGGCAAAGCUAAGCGUGCACGACCGCUCCCUGAAGGUAGCCACAGUCAUUGAGAGCCUGGAAAUGGAGAUGGAGCUGCUGUGUCUCACGGGCGUGGAGGAUCAGCUGCAGACGGAUGUCAGACCCACUCUGGAGACGCUGAGAAAUGCUGGCAUUAAGGUGUGGAUGCUGACAGGGGAUAAGUUAGAGACAGCCACGUGUACAGCCAAGAACGCACAUUUGGUGACACGGACACAGGACAUCCAUAUAUUCAGACUAGUGACUAACCGUGGAGAAGCCCAUCUAGAGCUGAACGCCUUCCGUCGGAAACACGACUGUGCUCUUGUUAUUUCUGGUGACUCGCUGGAGGUGUGUCUGAAAUACUAUGAGUAUGAGUUCAUGGAGCUGGCUUGCCAGUGCCCUGCCGUUGUGUGCUGCAGAUGCGCUCCGACGCAGAAGGCCCAGAUCGUGCGAUUGCUCCAGGAAAGGACCGGCAAACUCACCUGUGCAGUAGGUGAUGGAGGGAAUGAUGUUAGCAUGAUUCAGGAGGCUGAUUGUGGUGUUGGAGUUGAAGGAAAGGAAGGAAAACAGGCAUCACUUGCAGCCGAUUUCUCUAUCACUCAGUUUAAACAUCUGGGUCGUUUACUAAUGGUGCAUGGAAGGAACAGUUACAAACGGUCUGCAGCCCUCAGUCAGUUUGUAAUCCACAGGAGCUUGUGCAUCAGUACCAUGCAGGCUGUUUUUUCAUCAGUAUUUUACUUUGCUUCAGUUCCUCUCUACCAAGGCUUUCUCAUCAUUGGGUACUCUACAAUUUACACAAUGUUUCCAGUGUUUUCUCUAGUCCUGGACAAGGAUGUUAAAUCUGAAGUUGCAAUGUUGUACCCAGAGCUCUACAAAGAUCUUCUUAAGGGACGACCGUUAUCAUACAAAACAUUUUUAAUAUGGGUCUUAAUAAGCAUCUAUCAAGGUAGCAUCAUCAUGUAUGGAGCACUCCUCCUCUUUGAAUCUGAAUUUGUCCACAUUGUCGCCAUUUCCUUCACGUCCUUGAUUCUCACCGAGUUACUGAUGGUGGCGUUGACGAUCCAGACGUGGCACUGGCUCAUGAUAGUGGCUGAGCUGCUUAGUCUCUCCUGCUACAUUGCUUCUCUGGUCUUCUUACAUGAGUUUAUUGAUGUUUACUUCAUUGCAACUUUGUCGUUCUUGUGGAAAGUCACCGUCAUCACUCUGGUGAGCUGCCUUCCCCUCUACGUCCUGAAGUACCUGAGACGAAGGUUUUCUCCCCCAAGCUAUUCGAAGCUCACAUCCUAG